AUGCUAUUACCUGCCCGAAAAAGAUCACUUAUAUUCAAACUAAUUAUACUAAUACCAACUGUUUGGAUAUGUGCAUUAUUUUAUUUUGCGCUUACUGAUCGUACAAAAAGUGCCAUCCUCAAUAAUCAAGAAGAAUUUGCGAAGCGAAUUCCACGAGUGCCUUUAGUUGAAGGUUUCGGCCCUCCCAUCAACAUAGCUGUUGACAAGGAAUCACAUCCAGAAAAAUCUGUUGAGAAGAAGGAAAAGGAUGAAGAGCAUGAAGAAAAGGUGCGAAAUUUGCCAAAGCCGUUAUUUAUUGUAAAUGCCUCUGAUCCGAUCUAUAAGUCUGGUGAUCCGAACCAACCGGGCGAAAAAGGCAAAGCAGUGAAGAUUGAUAAAAGUGGGCUCACGGCAGAUCAGAAAAAACUGUACGAUCUUGGCUUCCAGAAUAAUGCAUUCAAUCAAUACGCUUCAGAUUUAAUUUCCAUACAUCGAACACUGCCCGAAAUCCUUGAUAAAGAAUGCCUGACGGAGAAAUAUCACGACGAUCUACCGGAUACUUCAGUCGUUGUAUGUUUUCACAACGAAGCAUGGUCCGUGCUUUUACGUACGGUACAUUCGGUCUUGGAGCGAACACCUGACAAAUUGCUCAAUGAAAUAAUUCUUGUUGACGAUUUUUCCGAUAUGGCACACACUAAAGAACCGUUAGCCACGUACAUGGCUCAAUUCCCAAAGGUGAAAAUCCUUCGAAUGGAAAAGCGGGAAGGUUUGAUUCGGGCCAGGUUACGUGGUGCGGCGGUGGCUAAGGGGAAAGUGUUGACAUACUUGGAUUCACAUUGUGAAUGUAUGGAAGGAUGGAUCGAACCGUUGCUGGAUAGAAUUAAACGUGAUCCUACCACCGUAGUGUGUCCUGUCAUUGACGUCAUUGAUGAUCAGACGUUCGAAUAUCAUUAUUCGAAGGCCUACUUCACUAAUGUCGGUGGAUUCGAUUGGGGUCUUCAGUUCAACUGGCACUCCAUCCCAGAACGUGAUCGAAAACUGCGCUCCCGAGCGAUUGAUCCUGUCAGAUCGCCCACUAUGGCCGGAGGACUGUUUUCUAUCGAUCGAGCCUAUUUUGAAAAGUUAGGCACCUACGAUCCAGGUUUUGAUAUUUGGGGUGGAGAGAAUCUGGAACUAUCUUUCAAGAUUUGGAUGUGUGGAGGGACGCUAGAGAUUGUACCAUGUUCACACGUAGGACAUAUAUUCCGCAAACGAUCGCCAUAUAAGUGGAGAACCGGUGUCAACGUCUUGAAGAGGAAUUCUGUUCGAUUAGCCGAAGUAUGGUUGGACGAGUAUAAGAAAUACUAUUAUGAGAGAAUAAAUAACCAAUUAGGUGAAAUUGGCGAUAUUUCUGAGCGUAAAAAGCUUCGCGAAAGGCUUGGAUGUAAGUCGUUCAAAUGGUAUUUGGACAAUAUUUUCCCGGAACUUUUUAUCCCAGGAGAAUCAAUAGCUAAGGGAGAGGUGCGGAAUCUGGGCUCUAAUGCGGAUCGUUGUCUGGACUGUGCGGUGGGUCGGCAUGAAAAGGAGAAGCCGGUGGGACUCUACGGGUGUCAUGGCCAGGGCGGCAACCAGCUACGAAAUCAAGGUGCACCGUAUUGUGUGGAUAGUCCGACCGAUUCCGAAGAUUCGUCGGAAAAACCGAUCACACCGUAUCCAUGUCACGAUCAGGGUGGAAAUCAGCUUCGAAAUGCUGGCGGUGGAAAUCGACAAUGUUUGGACUAUGCGGCACAUGGAAAGAAGAAAUUCGGCUUAUACGAAUGUCAUAUGCAAGGAGGAAAUCAGUAUUGGAUGAUGUCAAAAGAUGGAGAAAUCCGUCGUGAUGAGACCUGUGUCGAUUACGCAGGACAGGAUGUGAUGGUAUUCCCUUGUCAUGGUAUGAAAGGGAAUCAAGAAUGGCGAUAUAACCAUGAGACCGGUCGAGUUUUCCACGCUGUCUCGCAGAAAUGUCUGGAAAUGAGCAGAGACGGUGCACGAUUAAAAAUGGAACCUUGUGAUGCAGCGAAUAAAUAUCAACAAUGGAGAUUCAAAGAGUAUAACGAGGAAAAAGCGAAGCAGUACGGUGUUAGCAUACCGUAA